AUGUUGUCGCAUUUUGAUGAUAAAUUGAGGAGCAUCGCUCAGGAUGUUCUCAAUAGCACUAGCGAUGACAGCAACGUUCUGCGGGAGACUUUAGAAAUGUGCUAUGACCAAGCUUUUCAUACCUCUGGUACCCUGCACUCCGACAACUACUUCAUCCCCCUGGGCGAAGCCAGUCUCGAAUGGCCCUACGAUCCCGACUUCGAGAGCGAGGAAUACUACGACCAUGAAAAUCGCCUAGCCGUCGACGAUGGCUACGCCGAAACCUUUCGUAUGCGAUGCGAGCGCAAAUUCGAGAAGGAAAGGCAACAAAGGGAGGAAUGGAUCGGAUUUUGGGUUCAGGCGCUGAGUAAAUGUCCUGAUGGGCCCAGGCGUUAA